AUGAGACUUCCCCUUCGCUCCUUCUGCAUCUUCAAAAUUUACUUUCACAAAGGCAAACAGCAGACCCACAGAAGGCGAGGCCUGAGCGGUGCAGCCAUGCGUCUGGUGCAGUUCCAUCGCCAUGGGGAUGGAGGAGGAGGCAUCAGAGUGGGAGUGGAGCAAGGCGAAGGGCUCGGCGUGGUGGACCUGAAGGCGUUUGACCCCUCCAUGCCCUCAACAGUGAGAGAGCUGCUGGAGCUGGGAGACAAAGGUCUGGAGUGUGCACAGAGAGCCUUGGUGUCCGGUCAGUGUGUGGUAGAGCGAUCGGACAUCCAUCUGCUGUCUCCUGUAUUGGCCCCGGAGAAGGUGGUGUGUGUGGGCAUGAACUAUCGCGACCACUGCUUGGAGCAGAACGCCCCGAUCCCCAAGGAACCCAUUAUAUUCAGCAAGUUCCCCAGCGCCAUCACGGGGCCGUAUGAUGACAUUACCCUGCCCUCAGAGAGCCAGGAGGUGGACUGGGAAGUGGAGCUGGCCUUUGUGAUUGGACGAAGAGGAAAGCACAUCAAGGAGGAAGAUGCUCUCUCCUACGUGGCCGGGUUCACUGUGGCCAAUGACGUCAGCGCGCGCGACUGGCAGAUGAAGCGCAACGGGAAGCAGUGGCUGCUGGGAAAAACGUUUGACAGCUUCUGUCCUCUCGGCCCUGCCUUAGUAACAACCGACGCUGUGAAAGAUCCUCACAACCUGGGCAUCCGUUGCCUGGUUAAUGGAGAGACAGUCCAGAGCAGCAACACAGAUCAGAUGAUCUUCAAGACAGCAGCGCUGGUCGCCUGGGUCUCAAAGUUCGUGACAUUAACUCCAGGAGACGUGUUCCUGACAGGCACUCCUCCAGGUGUGGGUGUGUUCAGAAAGCCACCCAUCUUUCUUAAGAAAGGAGACAUGGUGGAGUGUCAGAUUGACCAGUUAGGCUCAAUAAUCAACAAAGUCGUCUAAACCCUGAGACAAACUACUGAGAACAGAAACAAACCACAAAGGAACAUCAGCUGUUAAAUAAACCAUUUCACACACUGAA